AUGGCGCCCCUCCCUCUCGUGGGCGCCCUCCCUCCCCUUCUUCUUCCCGAUGAACUUGUGCCUGCUGACUCUACGCCGAAGCUGGACCUGCAAAGUGACAAGAAGAAAGGAAUCCAAGUCCAGCUUGACCUGAAGAGCAAUGGGAAUGGCUCCGGUGGGAAGAAGGAGCAGCGAUGA